AUGUUCCUGAAGUUGUCGAUUCGUUCAGUGUUUCAUGGAGCUGGAGGAGGAAAUGAUAUUCAGUGGUGUUUUUCUCAGGUGAAAGGGGCAGUCGAUGAUGAUGUAGCAGAAGCAGAUAUAAUUUCUACAGUAGAAUUUAACCAUUCUGGAGAAUUGCUAGCAACAGGAGAUAAAGGAGGUAGAGUCGUCAUCUUCCAACAGGAGCAGGAGAACAAAACCCAAACACAUAGCAGAGGAGAAUACAAUGUUUACAGCACCUUCCAGAGCCAUGAACCUGAGUUUGACUACUUGAAAAGUUUAGAAAUUGAAGAAAAGAUCAACAAAAUUAGGUGGUUGCCUCAGAAAAAUGCUGCUCAAUUUUUAUUAUCUACCAAUGAUAAAACAAUAAAGUUAUGGAAAAUAUCUGAAAGGGACAAAAGACCAGAGGGAUAUAAUUUAAAGGAAGAAGAUGGUCGGUAUAGGGAUCCUACAACAGUUACUACACUACGGGUGCCAGUGUUUAGGCCCAUGGAUCUGAUGGUUGAGGCGAGUCCAAGGAGAAUAUUUGCCAAUGCGCAUACGUAUCACAUCAACUCUAUCUCUAUCAAUAGUGAUUAUGAAACAUAUCUAUCUGCAGAUGAUUUGCGGAUUAAUCUUUGGCACCUUGAGAUUACGGACAGAAGUUUUAAUAUUGUAGAUAUCAAACCUGCCAACAUGGAAGAGCUGACUGAGGUCAUCACGGCAGCAGAGUUCCAUCCCAACAGUUGUAACACGUUCGUGUACAGCAGCAGUAAAGGGACGAUUCGACUGUGUGACAUGCGGGCGUCUGCACUCUGCGACCGGCAUUCUAAAUUGUUUGAGGAACCUGAAGAUCCCAGUAACAGAUCCUUUUUCUCUGAAAUCAUUUCGUCCAUUUCUGAUGUAAAAUUCAGCCAUAGUGGACGAUAUAUGAUGACUAGAGAUUACCUGUCAGUAAAAAUCUGGGACUUAAACAUGGAAAACAGACCUGUGGAAACCUACCAGGUGCACGAAUACCUCAGAAGUAAACUUUGCUCGCUGUAUGAGAAUGACUGCAUUUUUGACAAAUUUGAGUGUUGUUGGAAUGGAUCUGACAGUGUUGUCAUGACGGGAUCUUACAAUAAUUUCUUCAGAAUGUUUGACAGAAAUACAAAACGAGACAUCACCCUAGAAGCAUCCCGGGAAAACAAUAAGCCACGCACUGUUUUGAAGCCACGCAAAGUCUGUGCCAGUGGCAAACGAAAGAAAGACGAAAUUAGUGUCGACAGCUUAGACUUCAACAAGAAAAUUCUUCACACAGCUUGGCACCCCAAGGAAAAUAUCAUUGCUGUAGCUACUACAAACAACCUGUAUAUAUUUCAAGACAAAGUGAAUUAGGGUUGGCAUUCCUAGCAGAAGAGUCCACUUCUUGCAUAGUUGAGAUAGUUGAAUCUAGCAUUUGUACCUGUAAAAGAGAGAGAGAAAGAGAGGUCCAUUGUGGCACCCCUUUCCAGUGUUUAAAAAUGUGCCAUGUGACAACACAUUUUUAUAGCUACAUGGAGAACGCUCGGGUGAUUCUUCACUGUGGGGUUCUCCAUGUCUGCUAGCCAUUUAGGUAAGGGUAGGGCACUUUUAAUUUAAAUGACUACUUGCACCAUCUUGCCUAAUGGACUAGAUUGGACUGUAUCAACAUUGGUCUACUCCACUUUUUAUGCCUUCCAUUGUGAUGACGUCAAACACAGUGAAAGCCUUCAGUCAUGCUAUGGGAUUUAAUUGUGUAACCUCAUUACUGUAUCAUUUGUGGCCCUUUUUUAUUAAAUACAGCUCAUUCUUACUGUGGCUUGUAGCAUUCCUCCUCCUCCUCUGGCCUCCUGGACUCCUCCCCAUCACUUCUCUUACCCACUUCCCCUCCACCCAGCCCUGGUGGUGGUGUAUUCAAAAAGAAAGAAAAAGAAAUAAAGCACAUGAAAUGGGUCAGUUUGGGGUCAAUGGUAAAGGGGGUUUAUGUUGCGAACAAAUGUUUUAAUAACAGUUGGACUGUAAUCACUCCUUGCCGUGUCUGGCACCAAAAACAAAAUAAGAGAGAGAAAAAAAAAAACAAAAACUACUGAAUAAAAGUGACAAAGAAUGGAGAAUCUGGUUUUUUUCUUUGUAAUCUACCUCUUUCUACCAAUAUUUUGUGUUUUACACUAGAUGCAUUGAGAGAAAAUGGUCAUUUUCACGAGUGUUUUUCCCUCUUUUGUGGUAAUUAUUACUUGAACCAGUGUUCUUUCCAUAUGGAAGGAGGAGUUACCAGCCCUUUAUGAAAGUGCUUUGAAGGAAUUGGUCAUCCUUAUUUCCCAAACCUCAAAAUGCUCGUAGAAUUUGCCAUAGACAUAAAAGAUAGUGGGUGCGUGUACAGCCCUUUAUCUCUUCUCAAAAUCCUACUGUUGUAUCUGGAAAUCAGAUUUAUGGAACUUUUGACAUCGCAUAAUCUCAUCUUGAUUUGAUUUAAUGCCUUGCUAACAAAUACAGAGUCACUGACAGUGUUCACUUUUAAAUAUAUUGUUAAAUUUUCCUUGUUGUUCAACCAUAUAAUGUAGUAUGAAAUAUCAAGUGAUUUUUAUAUAGAUAAGAAAAUUUACACUGCAUCAAAUAUAUACCUGGUAUUUUCUCUUGUAUUUUAUCGCUCUCAGUAAUGAAUGAAGAUGUAGUUUACCAUGAAUGUUUCUCAAGUUUUCCUUUGGCCUUCCAAGGCUAUUGCAAUUAAAGACAGACUUUAAAAGGUGAAAAUGAUCAGGAAGUGCUUCACAAAGUCACAAAAUCCCAUGAAAAUAAAUAUUGGUCAUUGUCGUUAGAUGACAAAUUUUCGUAAACAAAUAAUCUAUCCAAAGAUGAACGGUGCCGCCUUCUGCAUUUUUGUUGGUAGUGAGUAGAACAUGAUGUCUCCAGUCAGCCAGAAGCUUUAAGAAAAAUGGACUUUAUAUUUUAACUACAUAAUUUGGGGGGUGGGGGGACUUAAAUUGAUAGAAAAUAUGGUCUAUUUUGGUUGGGAGGAAUAUAAAACUCUUGGCCUUGAUUUGUAGAGAGAAUUGUAAGUGCUUCUAUAUGUAUUCAUGACUCAUUUUAUUUUUUUAAUCUUUCGAUUAUGAAGAUUUGAUUAUAAACAGUUACCUAUUUAACAUUCCACUUUAAUUUAAUUCCCCUACACUUUUAUUAAGAUAUGUCUUGUAAAUUUUCCAUGCCUGAUUGUGAGCACGCACAAAUUCUUUUAUGUAACAUUUAAUGCUCCUGUAUCUUGAAACUUGAGAAUUCUGCGUUUGUAUUUUUAAAAAACAGAACUAAUUUUAAUCAUUAGAAUCUUAAGCUGGCGGGGGCAUUUUUGGCUCGUGUAAUUGAAUAUCUUAGGUACAUUAGCGACUCCGAUAGGCGAUUGACUCCUCAGACUUGGAAUGGAAGCUGGGGUCUGCCCCAUCGGCUUCCAGGCAUUCAUCAGGGACAUUCGAAGCUCAGCUGAAUGGGCCAAGGCUGAUGGCUUCCUUGAACGCUGAGGCGUGUCUUAAGACGAGCCCACCCAAUAGCUCCUUGGAAUCUUCUCUCAAUGGUCACUAGCCGCGGCGUGCUCUGUCAUGGCCCUCUGGGUCAGGGAUUCCCCGAUUCGCUGACCCACGUCCGAUCCUGCUCCUCCGUCGGGGACUACGCGUGACUAAUCAUUGUAACAGGACUCUCACAAACUCGUUUUUAUUUCGUUGGUGUUCAGAUCAUAAAGCCCAGCCCCUCCUUUUAUAUGGUCAUGGUUAAUAUUUUUAUUAAUAAAAACGAU